GUCAGGCUCUGUCUCUCGCCGGUCCGAGCUCCGGACUCUCUGACUCUCGGAGGCUGCGAUGCUGUGCGGGACCCCGGGCUGCCCCCGCCGCCGCCUGCCUUCCUCCUCCUCCUCUCCCUGGAUCCUGCCCUAGGGACCCCGCUCGCUCCCGGGGACAUGGGGGGCACCGGCACCGGCGCCUGGACCUGCUACCGAGUGAGGAAGAGGCGGGAGAGGCUGCUGCACCAGGGAGCCUUCAUCUGCGCUCUCCUCUUCGUGGUGUGGAGCCUCGGAGGGCUGCAGGGAGCAGAUGUUUCCGGCGAUGUGACGUCAUCGGUGACGCCGAGGAUUCUCCCCGACCCGUGGAGGAACAGGAGGCUGAUGGCGUCGGACAACGAGACCCCAGCGAAGAACUGCUCGGAGCCGGCAAUUAAUGAAUUUCCAGAAGAUCUGUUUAACAUUAAAGAGAGGAGAAAAGGUGCAAUAUUGCUUCAUAUCUUCUGUGCCCUGUAUAUGUUCUAUGCCUUGGCUAUCGUGUGCGAUGAUUUCUUUGUGCCGUCGUUAGAGAAAAUCUGUGAGAGGCUGCAUCUGAGCGAAGACGUGGCGGGGGCCACAUUCAUGGCGGCCGGCAGCUCCACCCCGGAGUUAUUUGCCUCGGUCAUUGGCGUGUUCAUCACCCAUGACGAUGUCGGCGUGGGAACCAUCGUCGGCUCGGCGGUCUUCAAUAUUCUCUGUAUAAUCGGGGUGUGCGGGGUCUUCGCCGGGCAGGUCGUCCGGCUCACCUGGUGGUCGCUGUUCCGGGAUUCCGUCUACUACACGCUCUCCAUCUUGGCCCUGAUUAUUUUUAUAUACGAUGAGAUCAUAGAAUGGUGGGAGAGCCUCAUACUCAUCAUCAUGUAUUCCAUUUAUAUUCUUAUCAUGAAAUAUAACCUGAAAAUGCAGCAGCUCUUCACCAUCAAACGGAUGACGGCCGGCAACGGCUCGGCGGUGGGCAGCGAGCUGGCGGACGGUAAUGUGUAUUGUGACUUUGUCUGUGAUGACCCCUCCGUGCCCCUGCUGUGGAAAGUGAAGGUGACCCCGCAGUGCCCGCGGAGGAGUUCGGUGGUGAUGGUCGAUGAGAUUAUUUGUUACAGUCCUCCCAAGUACCGCUUCCCGGACGCUGGCCUGCGCAUCAUGAUAACCAACAAGUUCCCGCCGCGCACGCGCCUGCGCAUGGCCAGCCGGCUCAUCAUCAACGAGAGGCAGCGUCUCCUCCAUUCCGCUAACGGCGUGAGCUCGCUGACUUUGGACGGGAAGCAGGAGCUCCUGGAGAACGGCGUCAUCCACGAGGACAAAGACGACUUCCAAGAAGAGAACCCGGCCAACUACCUCGUCCCUUUCUCCAUCCCCGGCGGCUGCGUGAACCGGUUUAAGUGGGCUUUCUCGUGGCCGUUGAUCUGCACUCUGUAUUUCACCGUCCCAAACUGUACCCGGCCUCGCUGGGAGAACUGCUUCAUGCUCACCUUCCUCCUGGCCACGCUGUGGAUCGCCGUCUUCUCUUAUAUCAUGGUCUGGAUGGUGACGGUUAUCGGAUACACGCUGGGGAUCCCGGACGUCAUCAUGGGCAUCACCUUCCUGGCCGCGGGGACCAGCGUUCCGGACUGCAUGGCCAGUUUAAUAGUCGCGAGGCAAGGCCUGGGGGAUAUGGCCGUCUCCAACUCCAUAGGAAGCAACGUCUUCGAUAUCCUGGUGGGGCUCGGCGUUCCGUGGGGAUUACAGACGAUGGUUAUAAACUACGGAUCCACCGUGAAGAUAAACAGCAAAGGGUUGGUGUAUUCCGUGAUCCUGCUCCUGGCCUCCGUGGCCCUCACUGUUGGCGGAAUCCAGGUGAAUAAGUGGAAGCUGGACCGGCGCUUCGGGCUCUACGUCCUCGUCCUCUACGCCGUCUUCCUCUGUUUCUCCAUAUUGAUUGAAUACAACGUUUUCACUUUUGUCAACCUGCCAAUGUGCCGCGACGACAUCUGACGCCGGAGACCCCCGGUCACGUCUGAGACCCCCCCGGCCUCUGCAGCUCCUUGGAAGGUCCCGGUCUACUAAACGCCG